UCCAUCAGAGCUCCGGCACAAGAUUUAAUCAUUUCCUCGGUGUACCAGAGAGCAAAGACAUUGUCGAGGUCGGCUGCUGCCAGAUUUGAAGUUAAUCUUCACAAACGGAUCCAUGUUUGCGGAUCAGAGACUCGACUGUGCCCUCAAUUGAGAGAGCGCACGGACGGGGGAACGCUCGCACCGGGUGUCUUUCCUGCGCGUCCGGUGCCUCUCACCCACCGCUAUGUCCUGAUAUCACCGGGGAAGGGAUGCUUAUUCACGGCGACUUAUUCUGGAAAGUGUUGCCCAGUUAGCACAUAUGGAUGUGAGGUUUGGGAUCAUUGAUUCGUGAGUGGAAAGAUGCUGGUCGGAUGGAAAUUAUUCCUUUAUGGAUACAACACUGGCACAUGAAAAGAAGAGGGCUAUGCAUGUUGAAUCUUGCUCCUGCAGGUGCACCAUGGCGAAGAGGAGAGCUGUGCGCUUUAUACUGCUGUGUCUGAUGGCAGAGUUGAGUCUGAGCGCGCAGCAGGUCUUGAGAAUUGGUGGGAUUUUUGAGACGCUCGAGAAUGAACCAAUUAGCGUGGAGGAACUUGCAUUCAAAUUCGCAGUAACCAACAUUAACAGAAACAGGACUUUAAUGCCCAACACCACUCUAACCUACGACAUACAGAGAAUCAACCUGUUUGACAGUUUCGAGGCCUCCAGAAGAGCCUGCGAUCAGUUGGCUCUUGGUGUGGCUGCAGUCUUUGGCCCGUCUCACAGUUCUUCAGUGAGUGCAGUUCAGUCCAUCUGUAAUGCUCUGGAGGUCCCACACAUACAGACUCGCUGGAAACAUCCAUCUGUGGACAACAAAGACAGCUUUUACAUCAACCUGUACCCAGAUUAUGCCUCUAUCAGUCGAGCUGUGCUGGAUAUAGUGCAGUUCUACAAGUGGAAAGCCGUGACUGUGGUGUACGAAGAUGCAACAGGGCUAAUUCGUCUACAAGAGCUAAUCAAGGCACCGUCACGAUACAGUAUCAAGAUUAAAAUCCGACAGUUACCAACAGGAAGUAAAGAUGCUCGACCGCUACUUAAAGAGAUGAAGAAGGGAAAAGAGUUCUGCGUCAUUUUUGACUGUUCAUACCAGAGUGCAGCAGAUGUCCUGAAACAGCUGUUGUCGAUGGGCAUGAUGACAGAAUACUAUCAUUUCUUCUUCACCACUCUGGACCUGUUUGCGCUGGACUUGGAGCCGUACAGAUACAGUGGGGUGAACAUGACGGGCUUCCGUCUGCUCAAUAUCGAUAACCCUCAGGUGGCAUCAGUGGUGGAGAAAUGGUCUAUGGAGCGACUGCAGGCUCCACCCAAACCUGAGACUGGCCUGCUGGACAGCAUGAUGACAACUGAAGCAGCGUUGAUGUAUGAUGCCGUUUAUAUGGUUGCCGCGGCAUCCCAGCGGGCAUCUCAGAUCACUGUGAGCUCACUGCAGUGUCACCGACACAAACCCUGGCGCUUUGGAUCACGAUUCAUCAGCAUGUUCAAAGAGGCUCAGUGGAAUGGACUGACAGGACAGAUAAUUAUAAACAAGACAGAUGGUCUGAGAAAAGACUUCGAUCUGGACAUCAUCAGUCUGAAAGAGGAUGGAAUGGAAAAGAUUGGAGUGUGGAACUCAAACACUGGCCUUAACUUGACUGACAGCAACAAAGAGAAAAACAACAAUGUGACCGACUCCAUGGCCAACCGGACACUUAUUGUCACAACAAUCCUGGAAAACCCAUAUGUAAUGCAUAAGAAGUCAGAUAAGCCGCUGUAUGGGAAUGAUCGGUUUGAAGGCUACUGUCUGGACCUGCUGAAGGAGUUAUCCAACAUCUUGGGCUUUUCCUAUGAGGUCAAACUGGUGUCUGAUGGAAAAUAUGGAGCACAGAAUGACAAGGGAGAAUGGAAUGGCAUGGUACGAGAGCUGAUAGAUCAUGUGGCAGAUUUGGCCGUGGCACCCCUCACUAUCACUUAUGUGAGAGAGAAAGUAAUUGAUUUCUCAAAGCCGUUCAUGACUCUGGGAAUCUCGAUUCUGUACCACAAACCUAAUGGCACCAACCCAGGUGUGUUCUCCUUCCUCAACCCUCUAUCUCCAGAUAUCUGGAUGUACGUGCUCCUCGCCUGCCUCGGAGUCAGCUGUGUGCUUUUUGUCAUUGCCAGGUUUACACCAUAUGAAUGGUACAACCCUCAUCCCUGCAACCCUGAUUCUGAUGUCGUAGAGAACAACUUCACCUUAAUCAACAGUGUUUGGUUUGGGGUUGGAGCCCUUAUGCAGCAAGGAUCAGAGUUGAUGCCCAAGGCUUUAUCCACUAGGAUCGUUGGAGGUAUCUGGUGGUUCUUCACUCUCAUCAUCAUCUCAUCCUACACAGCUAACCUGGCCGCCUUCCUCACUGUGGAGCGAAUGGACUCACCUAUAGACUCAGCUGAUGAUCUGGCCAAACAGACCAAGAUAGAGUAUGGUGCUGUAAGGGACGGAUCCACAAUGACUUUCUUUAAGAAAUCAAAGAUCUCCACCUAUGAGAAGAUGUGGGCAUUCAUGAGCAGUAGGAAGAACACAGCUCUGGUGAAGAACAACAGAGAAGGAAUCCAGCGUGUUUUGACCACAGAUUACGCCCUACUGAUGGAGUCCACCAGCAUUGAGUACAUCAGUCAGAGAAACUGUAACCUCACACAGAUCGGAGGACUCAUCGACUCAAAGGGCUAUGGAGUCGGCACGCCCAUCGGUUCUCCAUACAGAGACAAAGUCACCAUCGCUAUCCUGCAGUUACAGGAGGAAGGGAAGCUGCACAUGAUGAAGGAGAAAUGGUGGAGAGGGAACGGCUGUCCAGAGGAGGACAGUAAAGAAGCCAGCGCUCUCGGUGUGGAGAACAUCGGAGGAAUCUUCAUCGUACUGGCAGCCGGACUUGUCCUCUCUGUGUUUGUGGCGAUCGGGGAGUUUAUCUAUAAGUCCAGGAAGAAUCUGGACAUCGAGGAGACGAAGUUUCUUUCACAAAAGGACAUUCAGUUUUUUCAGACUCGUAGCUACAGCAGUGACUCAUCUCACCUGUGAAACUAACAUGGACUGUGAAUUGAAUCCAAAUAUUUUAUUACUGAUCCACUUUGGUGACGGACUUCUGCUGAGAAAAUGCAACCAAAUCACUGAUUUCUAUCAAUAAAAUCAAGUGAUUAAAACUACUACAGAAAUGAAACAGCACUACUUCAUACACCACCAGGUGACCAUUGGACUGAAGUCUACACGUCACGUCAAGCACCAUCACUCAGGUUUGAUAAAGUCCUCCUCCAUAUAAUUAUAGGAGCUGGCUUCAGGACUCGGCCCAUCAAAAGGAUAAUCUAUGAAUGCAUAAGAGACCUGCAAAAUGAUUACAUGCAAAUCAAGAUCAGAUGAGAUGUGUGCUGUGUAAUAUCUGUCUACCUUGAAAGGGAUUGCUUUACUUGAGAGAGAGCAAACAAGAAAGUCUUAUUUUUUUACACCCAUCCAUAAUUUUUUCUUCCACCAUUUCCUGCCCUUUUUAAUUUGUACAUUUCACAUAUUGGACAGACAGUGAUCACUAACCAACCAUGUUUGUCAUCUACCACAAAAUUUCAAAUUUCACUUUAAAUUUCAAUAUUCUGUAAGACAAUAAAUCCUGGGGAAAUUGAAACGUUUUUGUUGUGUUUUUUUCCAUCAUAACCCAGAUACUGCUACAAAUCAACCUGUCAUCUUUUGGUUUAACUUUGUACGAUCCCUCAAAUGCAUGCAUGGCUGUAUUUUGGCUUUGCUUUAUGCAACGCAUAAUUUAAAUUCAUUUAAACUACUGAUCUCCAUUCAGAAGACUCUGUGCUGUCAGUAAAGGCUUAAGAUUUUGACGCAGCGAGUCAUGUGACAAAACAACAUGGCGAAGAUCACAACUUAGUUUGUCUUCAGUUGAA